AGCGGCAAUAAAAGGUGAUAAAUAUACUAGAUUAUAAUAGACUUUAGAUGAAAUAUACAUUUGAUACUUUAAUACUUGAUACUAAAUAUUUAGCUUAACAAAUCUUCCAUAUGCACAAAAAUAGCUUUGGAGUUCUGCAGGGUUCUGUGCUUGGUCCUCUAACAUUAUUAAGAAAAGAGGUUACUACAAUUUGGUGUAAAGUCGUAGGCACGUCCGUGAAUCAGAUCCAUCCACUAAUGUGCCUCCAUGGGUCUGCGUGUGACUAACUUUCUCUCUUUUCCCAUAGUUGCGUUUCUCUCUGUGGCAGGAAUAAUGAGACUCAGAACUGUCUCCAGUGUUUAGUCACUGGUCCAACCAUCCUGCCUGUGUUCGACACAAACCUCUCCUCUCGGAUUCCACUCGUUUCGAUCAGUAAACUGCGUUAAACUGCUCGUGUCUCUUUUACCUGUGGAUAAACGAGUCGUGUCGGUUUGGGUGAAAUGGUCCUUUACUAAUAUGAACUAAUGGCUGCAGCCUGUAGGAUAAGCGUCUUUUUUUUCCACUUUAUGAGUCAUAUGACCCAUGGAGGCGUCACACAGCAACUGCAGACUCAGCAAGGAGGAGGCAGCUCCGUGCUGCGUCGGAUGGAUCCCAAAAAGACGCUUCCGAUACGUUUUACUUUCGGGCUGUGUGCAGUGGUUCUGUUGGAUGGUGUCGAGCUUUAGUUGGGGCGUUUGAGCGUCGACUUGCAGCAGUGUGGCUCUUAACAGACGCAGCAACACGUUGGCCCCGUACCGCCUGUUCCAUGUAUCCCAACAUGGAAAAAGCAAUAAAAAAAAAACGUCAAAGUUCCAACAUACGCGUAAUUUGGCACGUUUCGUCCGCAUGCGUAUUUGCGCAUCACCAAACUGAGCGCAAUGAGGUCGUUUGGUUUUCGUUUUCUUGCCACACUGUAAAAAGUGGCCAACAGAACUAGUGAGUUUCUCCACAAACACUCAGUAAAAAAGUCUCUGGGCGCGUGAAAGUGUGUGCUACAACCUUAGAACGACCACGCCACCGAUUCCGUCGCUUUGGAGUCAAAAUGGGGAUCUUUGAACAAGUUUUAAAUAACAUCGGCUGGUAAUUUUUUUGCAGUAGCGCCAUUAAACCACGUCACUAAGACCCCCCCCCCUCUUUUACCCUCCCUGUACGACCAACAUCCACAGUUUGGGAGCAACUGGUUAAAGAUUUUGGAUCCGAAGCGCAAUUAUGAUGACCGGCUUUCGACUCAACUUGUCGCCGCUGAAGGAGCCUCUGGGCUUCGUCAAACUGGUGGAGUGGCUCACGGCCAUAUUCGCCUUCAGCAGCUGCGGCGGCUUCACGGGCACCAACGUCGUCACCCUCUUCUGCGGCGACGGGCGCAACGAGACGCUCAGCGCCAACUUCCACUACCCGUUCAGGUUGAGCCAGGAGCCGCUGGUGCCGGGGAACGCCACCCUCUGCAACCGCAGCGUCGCCACCACGCACAUGGUGGGAGACGCGGCCUCGGCGGCAGAGUUCUUCGUGGGCGUGGCGGUCAUCUGCUUCCUGCACUGCAUGCUGGCUCUGCUGGUUUACCUGGGCUACAUGCACGUCUACAAGGACUCCGACCUCGGCCCCAUCUGCGACUUCCUGGUCACGGCGGUCCUGGUCUUCCUGUGGCUGGUGUGCGCGUCCGCCUGGGCCAAGGGGCUGCAGAACGUGAAGUACGCCACGGACACGGAGGGCAUCGGCGCCACGCUGGCGCUGUGCACGGGCGGAAACGUCACCUGCGCGGUCACCGAGUUCGCCAACAUGCGGACCCUCAACAUCUCUGUGGUGUUCGGCUUCCUCAACGUCUUCGUGUGGGCGGGCAACGCCUGGUUCGUUUACAAGGAGACCCGCUGGCACUCUCAGAAGUUCGUCUCCCAGACGGGGCCCGGGAGGCAACAGGUCCCUGCCCCCAUCUAACGCACGCACGCACGCACACACACACACACACACACACACACACACACACCAAGUUAAUGGAGAGGACACUUACACCACUUACUGGAUGUGGACGUCGUCAGUGGAGCAGCAGGUACGAUCUGAGAGAAAAAUUUUCCUCAACCCUGAAGCUGAGAAGCAGAUACACCUGAGCUUUAAUGGCCUCACGCGGGCCUUCGUAUCGCCCACGUCCCACGGUCGCGCUCAUCGAGGCGCUCUUCGUGCUCCGCGGAGCAGAUACGCGCAGGCGGCGGCCAGAUGCGCUCACGGUUGGACCUCGCAUGCAGCUCGUGCUGAUGGAGGUGGUUCCCUUCGCUCUGGCUUAAGGCUGCAGCUUGAAUUUCUUCCGCUAAAGACAAUGAGUGUUGCACGUCUUGUAUGUUUAAGGUUCUGUCCCUUUUGUGCAUCUUUGCAGGAAUAUUCGUUUAGUUAGAUUUUGAAGCUUUAAGGCAUCAUUUGUUUAAAUGCGUCCAUGGUUUCUGUGUGACACACACGAGAGAGUGUGAACCCAUGGAGGAUGCUUGAUUAAGAGCAGCCUUUUUAAUUACGCCAGGAAACUGUUGCAGGCAAAGUGUGAAUUCUUUCUUUUCUCUGGAGGCUUCUUUAGUUUGUACCAAGGUACCAGUUAAAGGACGUUUCUCUCUUCACGCCGCCUGUUGAAAGUUGAACUAAGUGAAGUGUCUCUGCGUCACUGUUGAGCUGUUCUGCCAAAGCGCUCGUCUCGUCUCUUGUUAGAAGCAUCUCUCGUGUCCCCCACUUGAUGCUGAACUAAUAAUCUUGUCUCGUUUUUCCAAUCGUGUAGCUUUAUUGAAUCCUCGUGAGUCACCGGACAAUGAGCUGUUGUUGUGUUUUAUAAGCGGUGUCACAUUUUAUUUUAUAUUUCAAUAUGAAUAUGUUUAGAUGGUCCGUUUCAGUCGUCUCGUGAUUUUCGUUCGUGUCAAACUGUUGCUGAUUAAAGUUUGAGAAAUAAACGUCAUAACAGCUGUGUGUAGUGUACUGGUUACACCACGGCGCUGUCCGACUAAGCUACAGCUUUCUCAGUCGUUCAUAUGCAUGUAACCUGCCAAACUGUCUUAUUCAAGAUGCCUACUUUCUGUGAAUGCACAGUAUUUUUGUGUUUUUCCAAUAAAAUUCAUGAUUUGUUUUUGUUUUUUUCCCAAAAUGCUUGUUUAGGCUUAUUUUCAGUGUGUUCCACGACUAAUUGAGCUCAGAUGAGCAGAAUGCACGGAUGGAUGAGUGCUAUAUUCGUUAAAAAAAAAAGAAAAACAAAAGUCUAUUUUCUCUGUACAUUUUCCACCCUGAUCGUGUGUGAAGAUGUCAAGAUGAAGCAACGCUGCAUUUGUGACCCAGAACCACUGCUGUGACCCCUGAAGAGACACACACAGUAGUGUGUGUUGUGGUUAAGUCUUCCUCUGUAUGAGAGAGACACAGAAUGUAAAGCAGAAUAAUUAGAACACAUGCUGGUGGCGUGGUAUAAAAGACAGGAAAGACAGGUUUCACCAACGGAUCUUCAUUUCAAUGCGUCUAUGGGCUGAUAUAUAAACUGAUCAUGUUGUGUCAUUUCCUUGCUUUCACUGAAUGUUGUCAUUGACUCUAAAGUUCCUCCCCUAUUUUCAUCUGAUUCAGGCUGUGUGAUGUGAUUAUGAUCGGGGU